AAAGAGAAAAGGAGAGAAAAGAAGGCAAGACAAAAUUUAAAAAAAAAUUACUAUUGCUGGUGGCACAGAAAAAUUUUUACCGUGAAAUUAGCAAAUAAUUUGUGAAAUAAGCUUGUUCCAUAAACAUAUUAUAAAUAAUAAUAUAUGUAGAAAUUAAGAUUAAAAAUCAGGGUGAAUAUUGGCCCAGACGUGCUCGGGAAAAAAUUAAGCGGAGUUGCUCCUCGACAGGAUUAGGAUUUUUGCUUUAGGCCUUCUUCGCCAUUAUCAGCUACACCACCAUUUCAGGCACCAACACCAUCAAGAAUCUGCAGCUGCCAUUAAAAUACGACAUGAAAUGUUUGUGUGUGUGAAUCUGUGAUAUACAAACACAAGCAACCACCACCAUCAACAACAACAAAUCACAUUAAAGCAGCAGGCGAAGCAUUUAUCAUCGGCCACAGCAACAACAAGCAUUCACAUCGAAAGAGAGCUCAACAUUUUAAGCGCUACGCUUGUCUUCUCCACUCAAACUACGAGCCGCCAUUAAAUAGAGGAUAGAGGCCGUUUUCUUCUUUGGAAAACCAUCUGUCAUUUCUCUUCGUGUUCGUCGCUUGUAGUUUUAUUUUUUGGUUUGCUUUUGAGUUAACUUUGUGUAUUCGGUUCGGUUGGGUAUUCAGAUCUUAGUACUUUAGAUUGGCCAUAGCCAUAGCUAAAUCGGGAGUAUUGGAAAAACAGCAAAUAUGGCCAAUACCGGCAAAGAUACGGCUUCUUUCUUUGAAAAUGGCACGACGGAGCAAUUCGACUACUGCUAUAAUUUGUACCCCGAAGUUUUGAAACUUAAGGCGGAGAAACGCAACAAAAAGCCACAGGAACUUAUACGGCUGGAUGAAUGGUAUCAAAAUGUUCUACCUAAGCUUAUAAAGGAACGAGGGAAAGAUGCACAUAUGGAGUAUGAUGAGCUGGUACAGACGAUGAGAUGGAAACAGGCUCGAGGAAAAUUCUAUCCUCAACUCAAUUAUCUUGUUAAGGUGAACACACCACGAGCAGUAGUACAAGAGACAAAAAAGGCUUUCCGCAAACUGCCUAAUUUGGAACAGGCUAUUACAGCACUAUCAAAUUUAAAAGGUGUUGGAACAACAAUGGCUUCAGCGUUGCUAGCAGCUGCAUGUCCAGACUCAGCACCAUUUAUGGCGGAUGAGUGUCUUAUGGCCAUUCCAGAAAUUGAAGGUAUCGACUACACCACGAAGGAAUAUUUAAACUUUGUCCAACAUAUUCAAUCAACUGUUACUCGGCUAAAUGCCCAAGCGGGUGGAGAGAAGCCAGUAUGGUCACCACACAGAGUUGAAUUGGCAUUAUGGGCUCACUAUGUCGCCAACGACUUGAGCCCAGAACUUUUAGAUGAAAUGCCUUCUGGCAAAGGUGGUGGCAGUGCAGCGGGAAACAAAGCUAAUGGAACAUCCGAUAAUGUUCGAAAUGCUGCUGGCGAUGACACAAACGACGAUGACGACGAUAGCGCAGGUCGUGGAGAAGAAAAUAUUGCAACUGAAUCAGAAAAUGAAAAUACUAACCCUACACAUCAAGAUGGCGACUCCAAUUUUGUUUCAAACGAUUCAACAUCACAAGAGCCCAACCUUGAUGAAAACACAACACAAACUACGGCUACCACAACAACUGAUGAUGGCGAGGAAAAUGCUGAAGGUACACCUUUAGCAUCUGAUUCAGAAAGUAAUAUGGAACCACCAGUAGUAAAAACUAAUAAAAAUAGUUCGUUACUACUUAAGGAGUCCAACAUCGCAACUACUCAAACCGCAUCCAAUGGAAAUGGUGCACUUAUUAUGCCAGCUUCGGCAGCUGGAUUGGAAGGUGAAAACAGCAGCAGUAACUGCUUGCGCGAAUCAGAAUAUGAGGAUGAUGAGAGUAGUAACAGUCGUGCUUUGGACGAUGGUCAAACACCUUCAUUAAUCAACCAUAAUACUACAGAUAACGACUCUACUCUAAGCGGUGGAUGUGCUACAUCAGCCGCCGCCACAAUCGUCGGCCAAAAGCGGACACUCAAUUGCGCGGAUGAGGCAUCGCUGGAAGAACCGGCACAACCAGACAUAAAGAAGAUACGUAGCGACUAAAAAAUUAACCGUAUAAGGGAUAUGGAAGAUAAGCAUCUAUAUACAAAAACAAAAAUAAUAAAGUUAAAGAACAAAAAUCAAUCCAUGAACGCUAGAAAGACACAGCAUCUUUAGAUUAGGUCGGUAACUAUUAAAAGCGCUUGUUGUUUAAAAUCGAAAGGCAGUUAAAAACAAACAGGAAACCCAAUUAAAAUUAAGGUAAAUUUAUAUUUAAUUAACGAAAACAAACGCAAAUAUAGCUACCAUUGAAAAAUAA